GAAUUGUGUCCAUCUACAGUUCUACACUACACUGAUGCCAAAUGUCAGUAUGUCCCAUCCUAUGAUCCUACUCUCUCCAAAAUUUAAAUUCUUCAGCUUACACUUGUUCUUCCUCACUUCUCCCAUUUGCUUUUCUGUUUUCGGAAUAUCUGCUUAAACUCUGGAUGGAAGAGAAAUCAAUCCGCGUAUAAUUCAUACUUGCUUAAAUCGCAUUCGCCUCCCAGUGUUCUUGAUUUCAGUUGUGAUUCUGCCUUGCGUACCCUGCACUCUUGAAAAAGGUUUCAGCCCUAGUUGUGAAUCUAUAAGAUCGGUGAGAAAAUGUUAGUUCUUAACAUGAAUUCUAAGAGGCAAAGGAGGCCAAAUGUUAGAUUGUGGGAGGUAGGAGACCUACCUGCAGCUUUUACAUGCGGUGUUUCUCAGAGGAUUAAGCAAAGAAGGUGGAAAGAUGAUUCGAUAAGAAAUAAUGAAUUGGAGAAUAAUGGUAACUCUGGUUUUCCUCAGCAGUUUCCCCAUGAAUUUGGGUUCUUGGAAUUUGGCAUCCCUGCAGAGGUGCCAGCAGAUAACAGUGAAAACAAGAACCCAAAUUCUUUGAAAUUAGUUCCUGAAAUUUCUGAUCAGGAUGAAAUUAGUGGGAGUAAGGCUGCUGAGCUUUGUUUUGGUAGCAUUACCAGGAAGUCUAGGCUAAUGAAGCGUCGCAGGAGAAGCCCGGAUAGCCUUUUUCUCGAUCCUUGGGGAUCCAAAGUUCAUCUGGCGAGAAAUAUAGGCGAAGAUUUCACAUUAAAGUGUGGCAUCAAUGAAUCUUCCGGGCACGAAACUACAUGGACCAAUGAAGACGCUUGUGCGAUGGCGAUGGAGACUGCGGAACCCAAUUCCAGUGUGCAAAUGGUGCAGAGUUCAAAUGAACAUUAUUGUGAUGAAGCAGAGAUCGCGUUUCCCUUAUCUACUGGUGAAGGUGACAAGGGAGAAACCCGAGAAGAAUAUACAACAAACGGCGUUGGGGAAUGGCUUGAGGAGAUUGGGUUUGGGAAGUAUGCUGAGUUGUUUGAAAUGCAUGAGGUGGAUGAAGAAACUUUGCCUUUACUCACUCUUGAUGACCUCAAAGAAAUGGGAAUUUUCGCUGUUGGGGUUCGGCGCAAGUUGCUCAAUGCAAUCAAAAGGGCAAAGGGAAGGCAAUUCCAGAUAUCUACUUGAGGAACAGAUCUAACAUCUCUGUAAAGAAAUAAACACAGAUGGCAACGUUGUAAAUAUUUUGUCGUCUCGAUCAAUGUAAUAUAUGGACCAUGUAUACCGACUUGAAUAAGAUGUUUGUAACUUUGUCUUUGC